AUGCCAGUACGUCUCCCCCCCCGUUCCGUAGCCACCUGGCCCAAGCCCUUCCGUUUCAGGCUUUGCCCGCCAUGUAUCUCUUUGGGGCCCUCCUGGCGGUGUUGCUGGGGGUGUGCCAGGCCGAUCCAAUGUAGACGCGAAGGGCAAUCCGUACGCCACGAGGCCUUGGAACGCCACCUUCUCGGUCGUCCUGUCUGGCCGCGACGGCGAUGCCCCGAGCACCUUCAUUGUCCGGGUGCACCCGCACUGGGCGCCCCAGGCCGCCAAGCGUUUCCAGGACCUCGUCGUGAGCGACGUCUUCGCCAAGGCCAGACCGCCAGACCUCGCAUCGUGACAGAAAUUGUCGCGGAAGGUUUUAUUUCUGGCUUCCAGGGCUCUCGCCAGACCCCGGGGCCGUCGAAAAGGAGGAAAAGCUUGCCCAGGGGAAUGGGUCGAGACCUCCGGGGGCCAACUCGGAGUGAAACAAAUACGACGUCGGGAAAUCUUGGAGGCCCGCUUCUUCCGGGUCGUGCCCAACUUCAUGGUGCAGUGGGGCAUCCCCGCCGACCCGGGAGUGGCCGCGGUUUGGAGGGAGAGGGCGAUCCCGGACGACCCCAGCUCGGGCCACAGCAACAAGCGGGGCAUGGUGACCUUCGCCACUGCGGGCCCGAACACCCGCACGUCCCAGCUCUUCAUCUCGAGAGAGAGAAAACACGGCAUCAACAUGCGUGGAUAUUUCAAGAGCUCCGCGCGGAUUUCGUGGAUCUGCGCUGGAGCCCCAUGGCGGCGCCUCAGCGCCAGCCCAAAGGGGCCCAGCGCCGAUCCAAGGAAAUCCGUGCGGAGUUCCGAAAGUUACGUGAUUGCCGUUUUUUGCCUUCGAUCAUCAAUUACAAGGACAACGCAUUCCUGGACCGCAAGGGCUUCACCCCAUUCGGGCGGGUCGUGCAGGGGAUGGACGUUGUCGACAGGAUCCAGAGCAAGUACAGGGAGCAGCCCAGCCAAGGCGAAAUUCAACAGCGUGGCAACGCGUACCUGAUGGAGAACUUCCCGGACCUGUCCUACAUCGCCGGGCUGGCCGGCACCUUCCAGCGCGCGCGCCAGCUCAGAAGCUCUGAGGCCUGA